GUACAGUAGCGCAGUGACACGAUGGAAAACGUCGAAAAUACAGGAUAUAAACAAUUGCCAAUUUUAAAAUGGACGAUAAUAUUUUUGAAGGUUAUGGGCGCUUAUCGCAUUAAAAAGAACAUAUUAAGUUACUUUACCAUGGUUUCCCUAGUUUUUCUUGUCUUUCAAAUACUAUUGGAUAUGGUGUUAAAUUGGAACGGAGUAGAAACUUUAAAAAGAGUCGUUUUCCUUCCAUCUAUGGGUCUGACUACCAUUAAAGGAGUAUUUUUAAUUACACAAUCAAACGAUUUUAUAAAUAUUUUUGACUUAUUAAAAUACUUCUGGCCAAUUGAUAUGUUCCAAGAAGAAUCAUCGAAAAAAAUGAACAAAACGAUAGUAUUAAUAACUCGCAUUUGGAUAAGUUAUGUGGGAAUGGUUUUUGGAUGCUGUCUCUUUAUGUCUCUCUUGCCUUUUCUUGAUUUUGAAGGCAGAACAUUAAUGUUCAGUGAUUUUGCAUUCUGUGACUUGAAGGCUAGUCUUGUCUGCUGGGUAAUAAACUAUAGUUGGCAAUUUUUCUUGUUAUAUUUUCAAGCAUUACCAGCAUGUUUGGGAUUUGACUUAACGUUUAUUAUUUUAACUGGCUACAUUUUCAUUGGGUGCCAAAUGAUUAAAAUGGGAUUGAAAAGAUUGAAUACUGAUGAUGUAGUGAAAAGGAAGUUCAUACUUCGUAAGAUUGUUGAUCAACACGAUUUUUUGCUAAAAUUCGUUGCGACAAUGAAUGAUAUGUAUACCCGGAUGAUGUUUAUGCAAUUUUAUUGUUCAUUAUGGUCCUUGAUUUUGGUUUUAUAUAUGAUUGUAGCUGAUGGGAUGCCUCCAAAGUUAGACAGUGUCACUUACUUUGGCUCUCUUUACUGGGCUUUAUCAUGUCAAUUGUUUAUGUAUUCGUAUAGCGGUACUAUAAUUCAAACGCAGAUUCGUAGUUUGUCAACUGAUAUUUUCAACGUGGAUUGGUUCAAGAAAGACAGUACGCAUUUACGGGAAGAUUUGGCUUUAAUGGUAUUACGAAGUCAAAAUGCAAGGAUAUUGAAUGCUGGAAAAAUGUCAGACUUAAAUUUGGAACUUUUUGUGGUUACGCUUAAAAAUUCAUUCUCUGCGUUUACGUUAAUCUGGCAAGUAUCGACAGCUGAACCUGAAGCAUUAAUAAUAUAA